AUGAUCAAAAUUAUAUUUUAUUUCUUCUGUAUAUUUAGUUAUUGCUCUGUGAGUGUUGCUCAAAAUGCUAGGGUUGCCGGAGGAGCUAUCAGUGAAAGGGAGACUAGACCAUUUCAGGUAGCCCUAUACCUCCGUGUGGGGACGACAGGUGAGCUAGGGUUCUGCGGCGGCGCGCUGGUGCACCCCGAGUGGGUGCUUACCGCCGCGCACUGCUGCUACCACGCCGGACAGAAGGUGGACCACGGACAGGCGAUCCUUGGCGCUCAUUCCCUCUACGACCGCUACGAGAACGGUCGUCGCAUCGUCAACGUGGAGCACAUAGAGGUGCACCCGCAGUACGACCCUGCGACCUUCGUAGCAGACCUCGCCCUGCUCAAGCUGGCUAACAUUGUGCAGCUUACUGACACGAUAGACGUGGUUCGACUGCCGUACCUCGACAUAUCGUCGUUCAACUUCGCGGGUCAGGGCGGCCUCGUGUCCGGCUGGGGAAUCGCCGCUCCAGGCGUGACGUUCGUGUCUCCGACGCUGCGCGAGCGGCUGAUGACUGUGAUGACAGAUCCGCUGUGCAACACCAGCUACUACAAUCUGCUGCCCCCACACACCGUUUGCGGGUUCAGCAUAGACGCCGGCACGUGCAAGGGUGAUAACGGCGGACCAAUGACGAUAUUUUACAACACAACGGAGGAGAAUAUUUUGAUCGGUAUAGCAUCGUUCGUGGACGCGAGCGGCUGUAACGUGGACACACCGUCCGUCUUCACGCGAGUACAGCGGUUUCUCGACUGGAUCAGCGAAAUUACUGGUAUCCCGUUAAUCUGA